UCAGCAGCCAAUGGGAAUUGUUUGCUAGACCACCAUUCUCCACUCCAGCAGCGAUCUGUGUGGCCGCUUCUCCAGAGAUUUCUCCCAGAGGCUGCUGGGAAGGAGGGAGUCAGGCAGGGAGGGGGCGCUCCGAAGACUUCGUGUGAGGAAGAGCGGACUUUUCUCAGCAGAGACGGCCGGGGUGUCCGGGGAGUGUGAGAGAGCUGCGAGUGUGCGGAGGGCAUGGAAGAGAUGAGGCCUAGCAGCGGACCCCAGGCCUUCCCGUCCAUCUUCCCCCCGGGGCUGCAUGCCAUCUACGGCGAGUGUCGGAGGCUGUACCCGGAGCAGCCCAACCCCCUCCAGGUCACCGCUAUAGUCAAGUACUGGUUGGGUGGACCAGACCCCCUUGAUUAUGUGAGCAUGUACAGAAGCCUUGGCAAUUCGUCGCUUGGUGUUCCUGAGCACUGGCAUUACGUCAGUUUUGGGCUUAGCGAUUUGUAUGGAGACAACAGAGUACAUGAAUACACAGGAGUCGAUGGACCCAGUGGGUUUGGCUUUGAACUCUCCUUCAGACUGAAAAGGGAACCUGAGGAAUCUGCACCACCUACAUGGCCAGCAGAGCUGAUGCAGGGGCUUGCUAGAUAUGUUUUUCAAUCAGAGAACACCUUCUGUAGCGGCGAUCAUGUGUCAUGGCACAGUCCACUGGACAACAGUGAGUCUCGUAUUCAGCAUAUGCUUCUGACAGAAGACCCCCAAAUGCAGCCAGUACAGACACCUUUUGGUGUUGUAUCUUUUUUGCAGAUAGUUGGUGUUUGCACUGAAGAAUUGCAUGCAGCUCAGCAAUGGAAUGGGCAGGGAAUACUAGAACUACUUCGAACAGUACCACUAGCGGGCGGACCUUGGUUAAUAACAGAUAUGAGAAGAGGGGAGACCAUUUUUGAAAUUGACCCUCAUUUGCAGCAGGAGAGGGUCGAUAAAGGGAUUGAAACGGAAGGGUCGAACCUCAGCGGGGUCAGUGCUAAAUGUGCAUGGGACGAUUUGAGUCGACCACCCGAAGAUGAGGAAGACAGUAGGAGUAUAUGUAUUGGAACGCAACCGAGACGGUUAUCUGGCAAAGAUACCGAGCAAAUCAGAGAGGCUUUACGAAGAGGCCUUGAAAUCAACAGUAAACCUAUCCUACCUCCAAUCAGUAUGCAGCGUCAGAAUGGCAUGAACCAUGAUCGGGCGCCGAGUCGCAAAGACAGUUUAGAAAGUGAAAGUUCCUCAGCCAUAAUUCCUCAUGAGUUAGUACGCACACGACAACUGGAAAGCGUCCAUCUCAAGUUUAACCAGGAAUCUGGCACACUCAUUCCACUUUGUUUAAGGGGUAGAUUGUUACACGGGCGACACUUUACUUAUAAAAGCAUUACUGGGGACACGGCCAUCACUUUUGUCUCUACGGGGGUCGAAGGAGCAUUUGCUACAGAAGAGCAUCCGUAUGCAGCACACGGGCCUUGGUUGCAGAUUUUGUUGACGGAGGAGCUGGUGGAAAGGAUGCUGGAAGACUUAGAAGAUUUAAGCUCUCCAGAGGAAAUGAAAUUGCCAAAAGAGUACAGCUGGCCAGAGAAGAAACUAAAGAUUUCCAUCCUUCCAGAUGUCGUAUUUGAUAACCCACUACCGUGAGGAAAAGGGCGCGACCAGCCACGACGCAGAAAGAUGAUGAACUCUGCCGCUUUCAGCACUGCUUAUGGCUGUAAACCAAAGGAAAGCAGUUACUGCACAAUCAUCACUAGAAGAGACCGAUAACACAAAACUUGUGAUAUUUCAGCACCGUGACUGUAUAUCCUUACCGACUUGCUGAAUUCAUAGAACCCUGUUCUAUUUCAGUACACAGUUCUGUCAGUUAAUGGCUUUCUCUGUGCUCCUAAAUGACAUCCGUGUGAUGGUAGCCCUCACUUAACAAGUUAGUAUUUAGCUAAUGCUAUAUUUCCUGAGUACAUCGAUUCUUGUACGACACUGGAACCUGCAAGUGGUCACAAUGCUGGCCACAGGAUUGUUCCUUCGACUGACUUUCCACAAUCGCAGUGUUACUUUUCAGUAGUUGAAUAUUGAUUCUGUGUGAGCCAGAUAAUAUAUACAAUAACUGAUGUGUGGGGGAUUUUAUCAGUAUUCUGAUUUUUUUUUUAUUGUGAUUUAAUUAUAUAUUUAAUACACAGAUAUUCUCUAGUACAUAGAGCACUUUUCUUUCCCAACAUUUUUAAUUGGUCUUGAUUCAUAAGUGGAGUAUCAGAUAAAAGUAUUAUGCAGUAUUUUGCAGACUGAUCCGUGAGGUGUUGCCCCGGAAUACUUUAUCUAUAAAUGGGACCGCAAUGGACCUCGGUGUAGUGCUGAGCCAUGGAAAUGUCCCGUUUUGCCUCUUAAUUAAGUUCCAGUGCCUAAUGGAGCAAGUCUGUGUAGCUGGGUGAAAUUGCUUGUUAAUCUUUCACUUAUCAACUCUCAUCAGGAAACCUUGAGGUCUGACUCACACAUUCAGGUUUUCCUUUAGUGCCUACAGUUCGAUUCUCGGAUUUUAUAAGAUCUGUUUUCAUUUCAUAAUGUCAAGUUCCAGAGUGCUGCUAUAAAUGUAUUGAUGCAAAGUC